AUGAAUGAGAACAACGAGAUCCCGUCUGAGUACCGCAUCUCGGAGAAAUGGGACAAGUGUCUGGAGAACUUUGCACUGUACUUUACCACUGGUCUCGUGGCUGGUGGUCUCACGUCUGUGGUUCUAGCACGUUCUGGUGCUGGUCGUGGACUGAUUACGGGUCUAGGUGCUGGAAUGGGCGCCGGUUCGAGCUGGACGACUUGUCAAAUGGUAUUUGCAGGUGAUGCCAAUGCACAGGCAGCUCUGAAAAAGACGAAAAAGGCAGUAAACGACUUCAAGGAGAAGAUCAAGGGCUCUGAUGACUAA